AUGUUUGCUACUAACAAAGUUGGUUCUAGUACUGCUAGCUCAGUAAUCACCACAACCACAGAUGAAGAAGGUAUACCUUGUUACAUAAAAUUGUUGCUACUUCUCUAGCCUGAAGAAAAAAAAAGGAAAAAGAAAAAACACCCAGCAAUCUGAGAAGCCACCACUGGUUUCCCCCAAAAUGACUGCAGAAAUUCUAUACUGAUUACAGGUGUGACUACCCAGAUCUGGGUAGUACUUCUGAUUAGCUGUGUCCUGAGGGAAUUUGCUUCAGCCAAUCACUGAAGCACUACCCAGAUCCAUUAGUAUGGAGAUCUGGAUAGUGACGCUAUCCAGAUCCAUUAGUAUGGAGUUUCUGUGCUUGUUCCUCAGACAGCAUUCUGCAGAGAAAACAGUAAUAGGUGUCGCAGAAUGUUGACCUUUUUUUUCAGGUUACUAUUUAUGAGGUUUCUGUAAUUAAUUUACCUUUCCUUAUUUUACAACGUACAAAUCUACAUGUAAAUUUGUUGUCCUUUUGUCUUAAAUAUAAAGUACAUUUAAGGAACACACAUAGAGUGCUUCCCAUAGAACAAAAAUUCUGGUUUGAAAUUUUGGAAGUUCCACAUUCCCGAUCAACCAUACAUUCAGGUUGCACAGACCUGACCCGAGCCACUGUGUAUUUGGUUAUUGUUCUUGUUAGCAGGAUACAAAAGAAUGGUACUGGGAACAACAAUUUUUCUAAUAGAAAGGGACAAGUUGAUCCUGCCAACCAAAAUGACCGGACGGGUCAAAGUACACCAUCUUCAAAGGUGGUCGUAAAUAUUCCAGUUGGACUGCACCAAAAUGGUCUGUUCUAUUUUAUUUCUAGCCAAAGUUUCUGGAAUUUUGGGCUCCUAGAUGGAAAGCGCCCAAUAAUUUAAGGACACAAUUAAGCCUGUUCAUCUAAUGUUUCAUUGUGAUACAGUGUACAAUGUACAUUCUCUGGAAGUUGAUCAAUCUGUCCCAUAAUUGUCUUGAACUUUUAAGGUAAUGUAAUUGUGCCAAACAGGAGCUAAAUUUUAGUUGGACAUUGUCCGAUGGAUGUUCAGCUGCUAUUUGCAGCUUUAAUUUAUACUACAGUUAAAGCUCUUGUAAUAGAUACUCUUGACAAAACCCUUUAAAUAAACUUUCUGUUCAAAAAACCCAUUCCAGGAGCCAGGUCUAGUUAUAACUGUAUGGAUACUUUUUCUGCGUUAUGACGGUCCUUUACGGGGGCUUUAAAUACAAUGCAGUCAUUUUCCGCUAUUUCAAAAUAUUUGCUAUAAUUAUUUUUAUAUUGGUGUUUUUGUUGUUGUAGUACCAAAUGCUUCUCCAGCUAAUGUCAGAGGAAACAAAGUAACCUCUACUGAGAUUUUUGUACAGUGGGAUGAAGUUCCAGCAGAAGCUCAAAAUGGCAUUAUAGUGAACUAUACAGUCACCUACAGAGAGUUGCCUGAUGGUAGUCCGAUACCUCAAGUGGUGAUUGCUCCAAAACGAAAUGUUACAUUGACAGGAUUGAAAAAAUUUACCAACUACAGCAUCACAGUGUUUGCAUCUACUACCAAGGGGGGUGGUAACAGGAGUGAACCUAUCAUUGUCAUUACAGAUGAAGACAGUAAGGAUAUAAUUCUGGUUAACAUUCUUCAAUGAUUUUGUAAUUUAGUCAUUUCAUUUUCCUGCAGUCUAUUAUGUAUCGACACUACUUAAAACACAUGCAACGGUUGUGAGGAAAUAUGAAAAACAAAACAAAACAAAAGAAAUAACUUGUUUUAUUGAACUAUGACUUGGACUCCUUUCACCUUGUUUUACAGUCAACCCAAGUCAAGCGCACCCCUCAAGAUUACAUUAAUGAAUUUAUUAUUCAAAAGUUGAAUCCGUUGGUAGUUGUAGAUUUCAGAUUCAUGUCUGCAAUCUUGCAUGCGUAAUGAGCCGUGAAUUCACGCGCGAUUCAGUCACGAAAUUUCUACCAGCUAAGUUUCGCUGAAUUUGACGUAAAUGUCUUCUAUGAAAUUUAACCCAUUUAAAGAUUUUCAAUCUGACCAAAUACAGACAAGUUCUCGUAAAAUAUUCACUGCUCAGUACGCAUGCAGGAAUGCCGAUUUGAAUUUAACACUAUUUACCGGAACAACUAAAGGAUUCAUUUUUCAAAAUAAUCAAUUCAUUAAUAGAAUGAUUAAUGGCAUGAUAUAAGUGAUGGCAUCAAGCUUCUUCCUCUGAAAAGUUUUAAGAAAAACCACAAACUAAUUCUUUCUUUAGCCCCUAUGGUAAUUUGGGGCAGCCUGUACUCUUCCCAAUUUUUUGUUAAUUUAUUUUUGUUAAUCAUUUUUGCAUACUGUUGGGUACAAGUAAAGUUGUUGUUGUUGUUUCUACUUACUUUAGGGUUUACUAUGACUGGUCAUUAAAGAGGUCCACUUGGUGCUAGCCUUUGAUAUUAUUUUCCCUGAAAAAUCUACAGGAAUGCCAGAUUCCUGCCAAAAGAUACUUUCAAUCAAGGACGCCGGGUUGUCCCACUGAUACAAUCUCCCUCCAAUCUAUACUAGGGUUGUUCAAAGUCGAUUGAUUGCUUUAUUAUUGUGUAAACCUUUUUCAGCACCAACCGCUGCUCCAAUUAACGUGCGGGGACGCAACCUGAGUUCUAGCAGCAUUUUGGUAGAAUGGGGCGACGUACCGGAACCUGAGCGAAAUGGCAUUAUACUCAGUUACACAGUUACUUAUGAAGUACCUCCUCAUGUCCCUAUACGACGCCAGGUAGUUAAUGCUUCAGCUAGGCAAGCAACGCUGAUAGGACUCAACAAGUUUACAGAAUAUAAAAUUGCAGUGUUUGCCAAUACUUCAAAAGGAGGUGGAACUGGAAGCGAACCUAUCCCGGUGAAAACGGACGAAGACAGUAAGUAGACCAUUGCAAAGGUUACUGCUGCAGCUUUUGCCGCUAGCAACAGACCCCCCUUUUAUAUGGUUUUUGUAAUAUUACCCAAAUUUAUACAGUCGAACCUCCACUAACGGCCACCUCUCUACAACGGCCAUUUUUUGGGCGGACAGUCCAUUCAUUCACCCUUGUUUCAAGCUCUCUACAACGGCCACCUCUCACAGAUCACAAACCAUAAGCUCUUGAGCCCGUUUAAGUGAAGUUCUGUUUUCUAAGAGAUCCGUUAAGAUGAUUGACGGCACCGAAAAACCCAGACGUAAGUUGGCUUUUGAACUUCAGAGCUCGCGUGUCUUUGAAAGGCGCAGUAAUUCAUAAUUGUGAAACCAGUGGAAGAUAGUCAGCUACAAUCGAAGAAAAACACCAAAGAGAAAAGUUUCUUUAAUAUUAAGAUAUUCAUCAGGAGCAGAGACUAGCCACGAAGUUUUCAAACGGAUUGCAAUGAUUCUGGAUUCUGAUUCUGAUUCUGAUUCUGAUUCCAUCCAAAUUUAAGGUGGACAAACUAUGAAAAUGGCCAUUGUUGCUCCGCAAUGAUUUUUAAAUUGUUGAGCAAUGAUGGUAAGGUUGCAACCAAUUAGAGUGGUCUGGAACACGUACGGGAAUUAAUAGGGACAUGCCAAAUAAUUGUCUGUAUAAUACCAUUGUCCCUCAUGAGUUGGAUGUUAGUGUAUGCGUCAUGUACUUAUAUUUUAUUGGUAUAUGUACAAAGACCAGGGCAUAAAAGUAAUUUCUUAGCAACAAAUCGAUCCGGAUGUUUUUUGUUGGGACUGUAACCUAAGUACAGGCCAGAAAAUGAACAAGUAGAAAAACACAAACAAUGAACAGAGCUCGUUGUAGUAGUUUUAAAUUUAAAAUUAAAGUUUACUUAGUAUUUGAAACAUAAUCGUCGUUCAACGUAGCUGUUUAAACUAGAUCGUGAUUUUCGCUUUCAAAUUUGUAACGUAAUAUUUAUCCAUACCGGGAGUACUUUUAAAGAAUUAUUGGCCUGUAUUUCUGUUUUCUCGCUGGAAAAAUGCAUGUAGUAGUGCGCAGAUUCCCAGUGUCCGUAAAGCGCAUGUAUUUGCGCCAUCGGAUGUCUUAUCACUCAGUCAAGUGCCUGUAUUAACCAGGGAACCAUAUAUAUCCGUUUAUGGGAGAAAAUAUGCGAGUUAAUAUAAAUUAUUAGAGUGAGCGUCGGGAGAAAGAAACUGACUGUUAGAAGCGGGAGUCCACUGUACUGCCUGUAACUGUCAAAUGCAGUUAUUUUUCUACCCUUCAUAGCAUAUUAACUUUGAAUUUCUACAUCAGAGCCGGAUGGGGCACCACAAAACGUUAGUGGACGUAACACCAGUUCAACCAGUAUCGGAAAGCAGUGCGGGCUGAUCUACAGUAUUUAUUGCUUGCAAAUGCUGAUAGAAACUCGCUUGAAAUAAAACAUCCCGAUGUAUGUAGUGUGUAAGUGGCCCAGAAAUCAGGUACCAGAGAUUUGCUACAAAACUUUUGUGUAUUCUUUUUUAGAAUACGAUCAACCGAACGGCACUCUUACACGUAGUUCAAAGGUCUAUUUAUGAAUAAAUUAAGAGCUGCAUCGGCCAUACAAGGAUGCGCUUAUGCGGGGCUAGCAAUUUUUCAGUAAACAAAAUAGAAAACAAAAAAUUUAAAAUUCGGCACAUAUUAUAUUAAUGUGCCCUUUUGCUUCCUUGUUCUUUACUUUAGUCACCAAGAUUAACUUUAUACUUGUUUAUCAGAACCGGAUGGAAAACCACAAAACGUUAGUGGACGUAACACCAGUUCAACCAGUAUUUCAGUAUCGUGGGAAGAAGUGCAAGCUGAUCUACGGAAUGGUAUCAUUACUGGUUACAAAAUAACGUAUCAGACACUGACAGAGAAUGACAAUGGAUUUGUACCAGCUGGUCCUGAUGAUCGUCAGGCCAACCUAACAGGACUGAAGGAGUUUGUUGAGUACAAUAUUUCAGUGGUUGCAUUCACAGUGAAAGGAGGUGGACCUCCCUUUGUGUUUAUUGUUAGAACAGACCAAGAUAGUAAGUCUUACAACACUUUUUGUUAUUAUUAUUAUUGCUAUUGCAAUCAUUGUCGGCGUUUGUUUGUUUGUUUGUUUGUUUGUUUGUUUUUCGGGUUAGUAUAGCGACACUCAGGCUGAAGUCAUGAUCUCAUCUAUCGAUGUUUAUGUGCUAACCCUACCCUUUUUUGGAAUAUGAUCAAUCGAAUGCACUCUUACAUGUAUUUCAGGGCUCUAUUUCUGAAUAAAAGAGCAGCCGCAUCGUCCAUUAAAGGAUGCGCUUUUGCAGGGGUAGACACUGUUCAGCAACAAAAUAGAAAAAAAAAACAAUGUAAAAUUGGGCAAAUAUUAUAAUGUGCCUCUUGCUUGCUUGUUCUGUACUUUGGUACCAAGAUUAACUUUAUACUUGUUUAUCAGAACCUGAUGGAACCCCACAAAACGUUCGUGGAAGUAACACCAGUUCAACCAGCAUUUCCGUAUCGUGGGACGAAGUGCAAGCUGAGUUACAGAAUGGUAUUAUUACUGGUUACAAUAUAACGUAUCAGUCACUGACAGAGAAUGACAGUGGAUUUGUAAAAGCUAGUCUGAAUGAUCGUCAGGCCAACCUCACAGGGCUGAAGGAGUUUGUUGAGUACAAUAUUUCAGUGGUUGCAUUUACAGUGAAAGGAGAUGGACCUCCCUUUGUUUUUAUUGUUAGAACAGACCAAGAUAGUAAGUCUAACAACGCUUUUUGUUAUUAUUAUUAUUAUUAUUAUUAUUAUUAUUAUUAUUAUUAUUAUUAUUAUUAUCAUCGUUGAUAUUGCAAUCGAUCAGUGUCAGCGUUUGUUUAUUUGUUUGUUAUUUUUUUCGGGUUAAUUAGUAUAGCGACGCUUAGGCUCAGAUGUCAUGAUCUCAUCUAUCGAUGUUUAUGUGCUAACCCUACCCUUUUUUGGAAUACGAUCAAUCGAAUGUACUCUUACAUGUAUUUCUGGGCUCUAUUUCUGAAUAAAAGAGCAGCGGCAUCGUCUAUUAAAGGAUGCUCUUUUGCAGGGAUAGCAAUUGUUCAGCAACAAAAUAGAAAAAAAAAAAAACAAUGUAAAAUUGGGCAAAUAUUAUAAUGUGCCUCUUGCUUGCUUGUUCUUUAAUUUAUGACCAAGAUUAACUUUAUACUUGUUUAUCAGAACCUGAUGGAAAACCACAAAACGUUCGUGGACGUAACACCAGUUCAACCAGCAUUUCCGUAUCUUGGGACGCAGUGCAAGCUGAGUUACAGAAUGGUAUUAUUACUGGUUACAAUAUAACGUAUCAGUCACUGACAGAGAAUGACAGUGGAUUUGUAACAGCUGGUCCUAAUGAUCGUCAGGCCAACCUCACAGGGCUGAAGGAGUUUGUUGAGUACAAUAUUUCAGUGGUUGCAUUUACAGUGAAAGGAGAUGGACCUCCCUUUGUUUUUAUUGUUAGAACAGACCAAGAUAGUAAGUCUUACAACCCUUUUUUUUCUAUUUUUAUUACUAUUGCAAUCACUGUCAGCGUUUGUUUUGUUUGAUUUUUUUUUCGGGUUAGUAUAGCAACGCUCAGGCUGAUGUCAUGAUCUCAACUUUGGGUGGGGAGAGAAGAAAUGCUCAGCGACAACUGCGACUCAUUCUUUAUUUCAUUAAAGUUAGAUAAGUUGGUUGUGACAUUAGAAAUAAUCCAUUUCAGUCAAUUGUUUCUACGAAAAAAUUGAUGAGUAUUGUGGUCAUAAAAUGCUGGUGAGAGCUUUUAUGUUACCAUCUAUCAUGUUCACUUUAACUUCAGGGUACUCAAAAAGAAUAGCAAUAAAUUCUUUGUAUUGUUAGACAUAUUUUGUCACUGCAUUUUACAUUCCCCAACCCCUUUCAUUUGUUUGUCACUUUGUUGUAGUUAGCCAUGUUGUAUAUUAUACAAGUUGCAAAUAAGGAUGUUACAAGUAUUGGCCUCCAGAUAAGUUUCACCAUGGGUUGAGCACUUAAAUAGGUGUUGUAUAUAGACAUGAUAAGGGUCUCUUUGUGUAAAUUAAUUAUCAGUAACAGCAGUACUAUUUUCUUUUUGUAG